AGAACACAAGGACUGUUUAUCAUAGACAAUUUAUUUUCCAGCGCUAAGUCAACACAUAAUAGCAAACUUACAACAAUUAUUUAACAUUUUUAAAGCCAUGAAGAAGGGACAGAGCGCGCAGCGGCUGGGGAGAGCGGCAGAUCGCAGGGCAGACGCACGGAGGGCUCCCCAGGAGGGCUCUAGCGCGGGACGAAGUCCUUAGGCCUCCCGACGGAGCGCAGCGGCUGCUGUCGCCAUGAGCCACCUCUUCAGUCCCCCGCUGACUGCUUUGGCAGCCUCGCCGCUACUGUACGUGUACAGCCCCGAGAGGCCCGGGCUGCCCCUGGCCUUCGCCCCUGCCGCUGCACUGGCCGGCCCGGGCCGCGCCGAGCCCCCGCAGAAGCCGCCCUACAGUUACAUCGCGCUUAUAGCCAUGGCGAUCCAGGAUGCUCCCGAGCAGAGGGUCACACUGAACGGCAUCUACCAGUUCAUCAUGGACCGUUUCCCCUUCUACCACGACAACCGCCAGGGCUGGCAGAAUAGCAUCCGUCACAACCUGUCGCUCAACGAGUGCUUUGUGAAGGUGCCGCGUGAGAAGGGGCGGCCGGGCAAGGGCAGCUACUGGACCCUGGACCCUCGCUGCUUGGACAUGUUCGAGAAUGGCAAUUACCGGCGCAGGAAAAGGAAGCCCAAGCCCGCCACCGGCUCUCCGGAGGCCAAGCGCACCCAGGCCGAGCCGCCGGAGUCUGAGAUGGGCUGCGCUACUGGGUGCUCGGGCCUGGCCGCUGCAGUCCCGCCGCGCCCUGAUCGCGCCCAGUCCCCGGCGGAAGGCGCCGCGCGACCCGCGAUCCUUUCAUGGCCCGACCCUGAGCCCCGGGACCCCGACGUGGACCGCACAGUCCAAGGCGCAGUGGCUGUGGUAAGCGGCCAGCGUGAGAGCACCGUACAACGCCAGGAGUCCCCUCUGCGCCCCGCCCCCAGCGGUUCCCCCAAAGGUUCCAAGUCCAAGAGCUUCAGCAUCGAUAGCAUCUUGGCGGCGAGGCCAAAGCCGGUCUCAAGGGCUGAGGUCCCGAGGCUCCACAAGCCGGUGUCGGGUGCGCUGGGCGCCUCGCUGCUGGCCUCCUCAGGCCUCCCGCCUCCAUUCAACGCCUCGCUGCUGUUCGACCCGCACGUCCAGGGCGGCUUUUCCCAGCUGGGAAUCCCCUUCCUUUCUUAUUUCCCUCUUCAGGUCCCAGAGGCCGCUGCGCUUCGCUUUCAAUAAGGCGGAACAGCGGCUGCUUCUCCGCCCCGCGA